UUUUUUUGCUUUAAUAACGCCUUCCCAACCGGUGGCCGGUUAGUCAACGGCAUCCUUUGCAGUUGCAUCCCAUAACGGUUGGUCGGCAGUUACGGAACGGUCUUACAGUCUAACGGUGAAGAACGCUCAGUGAAUAACGGCAAGUGCAGUGCACCGCGAUGGAUGAUCUGGAUAAAGCUCAGCUGGAACUGCUCCGCAAUGCGUUCAACGCAUUCGAUCAGGAGAAGAAGGGAUGCAUUGGCACGCAGAUGGUCGGUACGAUCCUCAGCAUGUUGGGCCACCAGCUCGACGAUAAGAUGCUGAAGGAAAUUAUCGACGAGGUCGAUGCUGACGGUUCCGGUGAGCUGGAGUUCGAGGAGUUCGUUACCCUGGCCGCCCGGUUCAUGGUUGAGGAGGAUGCCGAAGCCAUGCAGCAGGAGCUGAAGGAAGCCUUCCGUCUGUACGACAAGGAGGGUAACGGUUACAUCACCACCCAGGUGCUGCGCGAGAUCCUUAAGGAGCUGGACGACAACCUGACCAACGAGGAUCUGGACAUGAUGAUCGAGGAAAUCGAUUCUGACGGUUCCGGCACCGUGGACUUCGAUGAAUUCAUGGAAGUCAUGACUGGUGGUGAUGAUUAAGUGCUGGACUACACCCUGGAAUUUAAGCAUCAAACCAAAAAAAAAUUCAAAAGCGUAAAAAAAACUCCAACAAAAUCCCAUUUCUUCGUUAAGUUUCUUCUUCGUCAGUAAUGCACAUUCGUGUCAUCCGGGGAGUAAUAUUUCCCACAACAGAACACUGUUAUAUCUGGGCCCACACACCUCUACGUGUGGUCGUUCUUUGAAGCUGGGCGCUGCUCUACCAUCAGUUUCUCUUCCACCUUAUUUGCGAUCUGCUUGAAAGUCUGCAAGAACCAGGAAGUGGUAACGGAAGGCUACUACCGAGGGAAUCAGGACCGUACCAAUGGCUGCUGCUUAUCGUUGCUACAAAAUGGUUGUUCAAAGUGUUACAUUCUAUCCGUUCCGUGUAUUCCGUGCUAAUCGGGCGGCUGUAUUUCCUUUUUGCCAAUCGUUUCCUUCCCGCUGGUUCUUGUACGGUGGAGAGCUUAGUUGUAUUAAACCAAACACCAGUACCGUUGGAAACAGCGGCAUGGUGAGGAUGUUGCUGUUGAUCUUAUAUUAUAAGUGAGCGCGCUAAAUAAACAACAAUUGUGGAGCCCUUUCUAGGGUACCCGCAGAUAAACCAA